AUGUCUGAACAAGCCUCGAAUGGACUUCCAGAAGACUUGAAAGACUAUGACCUAGACAAUGCAAUCCAAGGCGGUGGCCUGCGAAGCGGUCUUACGAGUUAUGGCGACACUCACUUCUCCCUCUUUCUCCGAAAGGUCUUCAUCAAGGCGGCCGGGUAUGGCGAAGAUGCUCUUUCGCGGCCCAUAGUUGGCAUCAUCAACAGUGGCAGCGGUUUCAAUCCUUGCCAUGCCAAUGUCCCGCAGCUGAUCGAAGCUGUGAAACGCGGGAUCCAGUUGAAUGGCGGACUUGCAAUAGACUUUCCAACAAUAAGUCUCCAUGAAUCCUUUGCAUCACCUACAAGCAUGUUUCUUAGGAACUUGAUGUCAAUGGAUACCGAGGAGAUGAUCAAGGCCCAACCGCUUGAUGCGUGUGUCAUGAUCGGUGGCUGCGACAAGACCAUUCCUGCACAGCUCAUGGGCAGCAUCUCUGCGAACAAGCCUGUGAUAUCUUUGGCGACUGGUCCUAUGAUGCCUGGAUCGUUCAAAGGAGAGAGACUUGGGGCUUGUACUGAUUGCAGGAACAACUGGGCUGCUUACCGUGCUGGAGAAUUGGAUAUGGAAGACAUUGCUGGAAUCAACGACGAACUAGCGCCGACAGUGGGUACUUGUGGCGUUAUGGGCACUGCUUCGACAAUGGCUUGUGUCACGGCAGCAUUGGGCCUGAUGCCUUUCAACGGCGCCAGUGCUCCGGCAGUAUCUUCAGCAAGGCUUCGAGUUGCCGAGCAGACUGGAGCCAUAGCUGUCUCGGUGAUUGGCAACUUAGACGAACGGAGACCGCAGAAAGUGUUAUCGAAGGAGUCUUUCCUCAACGCUAUCACCGUGCUGCAAGCCAUUGGCGGCUCGACUAAUGCUGUGGUCCACCUAAUGGCCAUUAUCAACAGACAUCCAGCUGCUGCGGGAUCUAUAACGCUGUCGACAUUUGACGAAGUUGGUACGAAGACUCCCUUACUGGUCGACCUGAAGCCGAGUGGGGACAACUACAUGAACGACUUUCACAACGCUGGUGGAAUGACAGCGCUGAUGCACACCCUGAGGCCCCUGCUUCACCUGGAAGCCAUGACCAUCACAGGGAAGACUUUAGGGGAAACGCUCGACGCAACUCCAUUCAAGCCAUUCCCUUAUUCGACUCAACUAAUACGACCGCUCUCCAAUCCAAUCUACCCCAGCUCUGCUCUGGUGGUUCUGCAUGGCAAUCUAGCCCCGAAUGGCGCGAUUCUGAAAGCUUCCGCAUCCAAAGACCGCAGUCUAUUGGAAUACGAAGGGAAAGCGGUCGUUUUCGAGAACACCGCAGACCUUGCUCAAAGGAUUGAUAGGGAAGACUUGGCCGUGACUAAGGACUCAGUCCUUGUACUGAAAGGAAUCGGGCUCAUUGGUAAUCCGGGAAUGCCUGAAGCUGGCGUGAUUCCUAUCCCUCGUAAGCUGAAGGGCGUCAAAGAUAUGCUUCGGCUAUCUGAUGGGCGCAUGUCUGGUACCGCCGGUGGCACUAUCGUCCUUCACAUCAGUCCGGAAUCUGCCAUUGUUGACUCCCCAUUUGGUAUUUUAAGAGACGGCGAUGUUAUUCGCUGUAGCCUAAAGAGGAGAGUGUUGGAAGUCGACCUGUCAGACGAAGAAAUAUUACGACGGAUCGAGGCUAGAAAGGCGUCUCUAAAGGAGAAAGGCCAGCCAGUCCAAGGCAACCGAAUCGCUGGCAAGAAGCGUGGCUAUCGUGGCUUGUACGAGUCGUCCGUGAACCAAGCCGAGGAAGGUGGCGACUUUGACUUCUUGACGGCGAAGUAUGAAGGGUCUUGA